AUGAGCUCUAUUGAUGAGAAGCCUCUUUCAUGGUUCAUCAGACUGAUUCAUGAUACUUGCAUUCAUUUGAAUAAAUCUAUGUUGCUCCUCUGCUUAUUCCACUCUAAUUCUGCAAUGAGCUCUAUUGAUGAGAAGCCUCUUUCAUGGUUCAUCAGACUGAUUCAUGAUACUUGCAUUCAUUUGAAUAAAUCUAUGUUGCUCCUCUGCUUAUUCCACUCUAAUUCUGCAAUGAGCUCUAUUGAUGAGAAGCCUCUUUCAUGGUUCAUCAGACUGAUUCAUGAUACUUGUAUUCAUUUGAAUAAAUCUAUGUUGCUCCUCUGCUUAUUCCACUCUAAUUCUGCAAUGAGCUCUAUUGAUGAGAAGCCUCUUUCAUGGUUCAUCAGACUGAUUCAUGAUACUUGCAUUCAUUUGAAUAAAUCUAUGUUGCUCCUCUGCUUAUUCCACUCUAAUUCUACAAUGAGCUCUAUUGAUGAGAAGCCUCUUUCAUGGUUCAUCAGACUGAUUCAUGAUACUUGCAUUCAUUUGAAUAAAUCUAUGUUGCUCCUCUGCUUAUUCCACUCUAAUUCUGCAAUGAGCUCUAUUGAUGAGAAGCCUCUUUCAUGGUUCAUCAGACUGAUUCAUGAUACUUGCAUUCAUUUGAAUAAAUCUAUGUUGCUCCUCUGCUUAUUCCACUCUAAUUCUGCAAUGAGCUCUAUUGAUGAGAAGCCUCUUUCAUGGUUCAUCAGACUGAUUCAUGAUACUUGCAUUCAUUUGAAUAAAUCUAUGUUGCUCCUCUGCUUAUUCCACUCUAAUUCUACAAUGAGCUCUAUUGAUGAGAAGCCUCUUUCAUGGUUCAUCAGACUGAUUCAUGAUACUUGCAUUCAUUUGAAUAAAUCUAUGUUGCUCUCUGCUUAUUCCACUCUAAUUCUACAAUGA